UCGAUUUGUUGACUCAAAUUAAAAUAAUCUCCGAGAGUUGGCCGGUUCUUCUCCUCAAAGGCCAAAACCUCUUCUCCUCUCUCUAGGGUUCUGCAAUUCCUCCCUUUAUUUAUACAGAAUAAAUCGAUCCGCGAUCCAUCUGAAAGCGUUUCAUUUUCGUUUGUUGAGAAAAUGGCGUUCUCUUCUUCUCUCACUAGAUCCGCGCCGUCACCUGUUCAAGACACUUUCCGUUUCACCGACCGGUCCAAGGUAUCAUGCGGCCUUAACAGCAAUGCUAAUGCUGUGAAGUUCCAGUCAAGCAUUUUUGGAACUAAUGUCUCGGUGGAUUCAUCAUCCCUACAGAAGGUUAUGUGCCGAAGUAUUAAGCCUAUUAGAGCAACAGCAACAGAAAUACCUCCAACUGUGACCAAAUCGCACAGCAGUGGAAAAACAAAGAUUGGUAUCAAUGGUUUUGGACGCAUAGGCAGACUAGUUUUACGCAUAGCGACUUUCAGGGAUGAUAUCGAUGUGGUAGCAGUCAAUGAUCCAUUCAUCGAUGCCACAUACAUGGCAUACAUGUUCAAGUAUGACUCCACUCACGGACCUUACAAGGGAACCAUCAAAGUAGUGGACGAAUCCACUUUGGAAAUCAAUGGAAAGCAAAUCAAAGUUAGCAGCAAAAGAGACCCAGCAGAGAUUCCUUGGGGUGAUUACGGGGCUGAGUAUGUUGUAGAAUCUUCCGGAGUGUUCACCACUAUUGACAAGGCAUCAGCACACAAAAAGGGUGGUGCUAAGAAGGUCAUAAUUUCAGCUCCAUCAGCCGAUGCUCCUAUGUUUGUAGUUGGUGUAAACGAGAGUACUUACAAACCAAGCAUGGACGUCGUUUCCAAUGCCAGCUGUACCACCAACUGCCUUGCACCUCUAGCCAAGGUAGUACACGAAGAGUUUGGCAUUCUGGAAGGACUAAUGACAACUGUCCAUGCAACAACUGCCACACAGAAGACGGUUGACGGCCCUUCGAUGAAGGACUGGAGAGGUGGCCGUGGAGCAGGGCAAAACAUCAUCCCUAGUUCUACCGGUGCUGCUAAGGCUGUUGGAAAAGUUCUUCCGGAGCUUAACGGUAAGCUCACCGGAAUGGCUUUCCGGGUUCCGACACCCAAUGUGUCUGUCGUAGACUUAACUUGUAGACUUGACAAGAGUGCUUCUUAUGAAGAUGUGAAAGCAGCCAUCAAGUAUGCUUCGGAGGGACCACUGAAAGGCAUUCUUGGGUACACCGAUGAAGAUGUAGUCUCCAAUGACUUUGUUGGUGAUUCGAGGUAA